AUGCGUCUACCGAGCGGUCCGUUUUUACAAAACACUAAGCUAGGUUGGAUAAUUUCGGGUCCAAUAGAUUCUAGCAUUGUGCGCAGGGGACAUGUCCAAUGUAACGUUAGUACUGAGCUCAGUCCAUCCACUAUAGACGAUCAAUUACGUAAGUUCUGGGAACUCGAAGAGUUAACUUUGCCUCGAAAUUCGCAUACGGAGGACGAGCUGGCCUGUGAACAAAGUUUCGUUACAAAUACUACACGCGACAAUCAUGGUAGAUUUGUGGUUCACAUUCCACUCAGAAACUCAGCCGAGGUUUUAGGUGAAUCUUAUUCCCAAGCUAAACGCCGUUUCUUAGCAUUAGAGAAGCGGCUAUCUCGCGCACCUUCUAGUUACAAACAACUAUACGUUGAUUUUAUGCGAGAGUAUGUUGACCUAGGUCACAUGACCAAGGUCGAUACCUACUCGAACCUUAAUUAUUUUUUGCCACAUCACGGAGUAUUUCGCGAGCACAGUACAACGACUAAACUUCGUGUUGUGUUUGAUGCUAGCGCUGCUACUUGCAACGGAAUUUCUUUUAACGACAUUCAGCGCGUCGGGCCGCCUAUUCAGGGAGAUCUGUUAGGUAUUUUAUUAAGAUUUAGACAGUUUAGGUUUACGGCAAAGGCCGAUUGUGCUAAAAUGUACCGGCAAGUGCUAGUGGCGCCCUCUCAGCGGGAUUUGCAGCUAAUCAUAUGGCGCGAGGAUACAUCGAAGCCACUAGAUGUUUAUCGCUUAAAUACGGUCACGUAUGGUACGGCAUCCGCACCUUUUCUCAGUGUGCGCUGUCUAAAGCAACUAGCUACCGAAUGUUCUGACCCUGAGGUCAGAAGGGUCAUAAAUAAUGACAUGUACGUGGAUGACCUUCUAACUUCCGGGGAGGUUAAGGUCGAUCUUUUAAAAAUUUGUAAAGACACUGCUGAUACAUUAAGUUCCGGCUGCUUUCCAUUAAGAAAAUGGGUUUUCAACUUUGAACUCGAUGAAGAUGCAGGUCUUGCGUCUCUAAAUAAUAAUAACGACAAUACGCAAAACACGUUUCGUGACUUUAACUUUAAUGAUAACAUUCAAAGCAAAACAUUAGGCUUGGGUUGGUGUAACGUGAGCGAUGAGCUUAAUUUUAACACACAGUUCCAGCCAUCCGACACUUCAAUCACAAAGCGCACAAUUUUGUCUACAGUUUCCCAAAUAUUCGAUCCGUUAGGUCUAUUGAGUCCGUCUGUUAUUAUCGGUAAGGUUCUGUUACAAAAACUGUGGUUGCUAAAGUUACAAUGGGACGAUCCCCUUCCUACUGACGUAAUAAAAACAUGGAACCGGUUUGUUAUCGAUUUGUCUUAUCUUUCCGCAAUUAAGAUCCCGCGACAUGUUUUUCAGUGCAACUCAACUCGUAAUGAGUUACACAUAUUCACAGAUGCCUCACAAACUGCAUAUGGCGCCUGCGCAUACGUACGUUCUAUACGUGGAGAUAACGUACAAGUGAGGUUAUUAAUUUCCAAAGGAAAGGUUGCCCCAUUAAAGCCUGUCAGCAUACCUAGGCUAGAACUGUGCGGCGCGGUGCUGGGUGCUAGGCUAUACGAUAAAAUUAAUAGUUCGCUUACUCGUAAGUUCGAUGACGUCACUUUUUGGACCGAUUCAACAAUUGUUUUAGGCUGGCUACCGGGGGUGAAAUCGUGCAAGUACCACCUGCGGCGAGUGGUUGGUGGUGCUCACCUGACCUUCGAGGAGCUUACCACAGUACUGACCCAAAUUGAAGCGGUACUGAACUCACGGCAGCUGGCACCCCUGUCGUCGGAUCCAGCAGACUACUCUCCACUCAGCCCUGGACACUUCCUCAUCGGCCGACCUCUCACAGCGCCAGUAUGCGAGGAGGACCUGACGCAGGAACCGAUACAUCGGUUGACCCGAUAUCAAAGGGUUGAACAACUACGGCAACAUUUCUGGACGCGUUGGGCCAAAGAAUAUGUUUCGGAGCUGCAGACCAGGACCAAAUGGAGGCAGAAUUCGGCGGAACUAUCACCGGACCAGCUGGUUCUGAAUAAGGACUCUUCUCUACCCCCGCUGAAGUGGCAGCUCGGUCGUGUCGUGAGAACGAUUAACGGCAGCGAUGGUAUUGCCAGAGUAGCCGACAUCAGAACGUCGUCGGGAGUCCUGAGGCGAGCCUAUACCAAGAUAUGUCCACUGGUGGACAACGAACACUCAUGGCGAGAGACUUAG